GCGGCGGAGCGGUGGCCGUGCGGCGGCGGUUGUUAUGGUGAAGCGUUUCCACUGAGGGUCGGCGACGGCAGCACCUGAUUCAGUUUCAGAGAACAACCAGCCUACGACGGAGGGUGACAGGCAACACGAACUCCACAGGUGAACGCACCCAAAGGCCAAGGCCGCUGUGGUGGUGAACCAGCCGUGGACCGCCGGGGGCCGACCGCUAAGACGUUCACAGUGGGGGCCUCUCCCCCCCCCCCCCCCAACAAACACACUCACCCUGGGAUUACAGCCUCCGUGGCGACUCCCUCACCUUGUGGUUGAAUGAGGCCUUGUGCAAUGCUAAACCCACCUCGUGAAUGUUCCUUUUCAUUCUCCGGCGGCUGGAAACGUUUUUUUUCUCCCUUCUGACUCCUAGGAAUGUGUGAGCCGGUUCCUCCGCUGUAGCUUUAUUUCUCGGCCAUGGCCUCCUGGGUCGCCCCCGUCGGAUGUACACGCCGCCCUGGCCCGUCCCCCUCCGAGCGGAUCGGAGGGUAACCUCGCCACCUCGCCUCGUUCGCGGAGCGCUCUGUCGCGUUUCACUCUCACUCUACAUCGUGUUUUCUACGUGCUUGUGCUCUUCCCCCCCCCCCCGGUUUCUUGUCAUCGUUUGCAGAUUUUUUGUCACCGGCUUGGACUACGAUCCUUUGGACUUGACCCUCCCGGGAUUUACGUGGACGCUUAAACUGUUGGAUUGUUUAUCUUUUGUACGACUUGGAGGUGAACAAAGAGGCCCGGGGGUUAAAGGAGACGGUGAGCCCGACCUCGCUGCCGUCAGCAUGUCUCUGACGUCAUGAGGCCGCCUUGAAUCCACCCCGUUCGCCGGAUUCCGGUUCAGAGUUUGGACGGCGACAAACCGUGCUUAUUCCACCUGGAGACAAACCUCACCUCCACCGCAGGGAGGGUCUGCUGCUUCCAUGGGGCCGACCGGAUAGGGGUCGGAACAGGUCGACGCCGGAAUCAACCCUUAAAGGAUCUUCAAACCCCAGCAACGACGACGACGACGACAACAUCAACAACAACCACAGGAAGAGGCCGGAGUAGCGCAGAGGGGCGGGGCCAGGGGGGGCGGCGGCGGCGGUGGCAUGGCAGCAGAGCACGGCGAGCUGCUUGGAGAGAUGGCCACGGUGGGUCGCCUGAGUGCCACGGAGCGGCUGAAGCACGCCCAGAAGCGCCGCGCGCAGCAGCUGAAGGGCUGGGCGCAGAUGGAGAAGGACUCGACCCGGGGCUCCGGGGCCAAGGCGGACAGGAAGAAGGCCCGCACCCGGAGGGUGAAGUUCCCCGACACCAUCACCCUGCUGGAGGCCGCCUCGCGCAACGACGUGGAGGAGGUCAGGGAGCUGGUGAAGAGUGGAGUCAGUCCGGACCUGUUCAACGAGGAUGGACUCACAGCCAUGCACCAGUGCUGCAUCGACGACUACACCGACAUGGUGCAGUGUCUGCUGGAGGCCGGCGCCUGCGUCAACGCGUGCGACAGCGAGCUGUGGACGCCGUUGCACGCCGCCGCCACUUGUGGCCACACGGGGUUGGUGCAGCUCCUGGUGCAGGCAGGUGCGAAUUUGCUGGCUGUCAACGCCGACGGCAACAUGCCCUAUGACCUCUGUGAGGACGAGGCCACCCUGGAACUCCUGGAAGUGAUUAUGGCCGAAAAGGGGAUCACCCAGGAGCGCAUAGACGAGUGUCGAGGGGCGAAAGAGACGGCGAUGCUGAAGGACAUCCAGGCUCUGGUGCAGAGCCAGGCCGACCUGAACGCACCGGACGACAGCGGGGCCACAGUGCUGCACAUAGUGUCCGCCAACGGCUACCUCUCUGUGGCCGAGCUGUUGCUGGAGAACAAGGCCCAGGUGGAGGUGAAGGAUCUGGACGGCUGGACGCCCCUGCACGCCGCCGCCUGCUGGGGACAGCUCCAGAUGGUGGAGUUGCUGGUGGCCCACGGGGCGAGUCUGGACACCAAGUCGGUCCUGGAGGAGACGCCCUUAGGUGAGACGUGUUGUUCAGACGAGGAGGUGCGCGGUAAGACUGAGCUCAAGCACAAGCACGACGCUAUUAUGAAGAACCAGGGUCGCCACAAGAACACGCUGCAGAGACGGGCCUCCAGCACGGCCAGCCGGGGGAAGGUGGUGCGGCGCGUGAGCGUGAACGAGCGCUCCAGCCUGUACCGCCGCGAGCACCACAAGGAGGCCAUGGUGUGGCAGGAGAGGGGCCGGCAGCCUGAGACCCCAGACGACGACGAGGACAAGCAGACCGACAACGAGCUCAACCAGCACGCCGCCAUGGUGGCCGGCACCAGUGCCGCGCCCCCCCCUCAGAACGGCGACCCGUCGGAGCCCCCUGAGGAGCCGUCCUCGGGCCUGGGGAACGGCGGGCCCCCGGUCUCGCCUGCCGCCUCGGUCCCGGGGGAGCAGUGGGUGGGCGGGGGCCUCAUGGACCGCAGCGCCUCCUACCAGCUCAGCCCCGCCGCCGCCGCCGCUCCGGCCGCGGGCGCCAACGGCGGCGAGGCGGGGGCCAACGGCAACGGCAUGACCCGCGAGAAGUCGUACCAGACCCUCGCCGACCUCAAGCGCCAGCGCGCCGCCGCCAAGCUCAACAAGUACCCGGCCCCCGCCCCGCCCCUCCUCCCCCCCCCUGUGGAGGAGGAGCCCCCCGCCCCGGGGGAGGCGGUCCGCGGUGAGCCCACCGGGGACCGGAUGACGAUCGCCAUGACAACGGCGCCGGCAGCGCCGGCGGUGGUGUCCACGUCGAGCCAAGUGUACUUCACCCCCGCCAGCGGCGACCCCCCCCUGCUCAAGCUCCGGGCCCCCGAAGAGGAGCAGUCCACGGCUAAGGAGCCCUGCUGUAGACUCAUGUAGACACACACACCUCCGCGUGGGCACACCACACACACAUUAAGCACACACACACGAGCAGCCGUGUCCUUUGAGGCGUGGCAGAACAGUGUCCGGGUGAACGUUCCUUCACGGAUUCUUCCGGAGCUGGUUUUCUAAAGGUUAUUUUUUGUUUGUUUUGUUUUCUAGUUUAUGGCCUGAAGGUUUUGGCCGACCCUCCAUGGAACGAAUGUACAUUUUAGUGGUGGUCCCUGUUUCCCCAUGUCUCUUGUCAUGGGGAGCGUAUCGCCACCUGCCAUUGGCACUAAGGGUCUCACCAUUCGAAGAAGAAGAAGCAGCAGCCUGCCUAAUAAGGUGCCUGAAUGUAGUGCAUUAGGAGCGCGACCACGACGACUUCAUAUUUUAACGUUAGGGCGCCAUCUAGUGGCGGAUAUGAAAUGUUUCCAGUGUUAUCCACCUAAUCUAGUGUGGCCUCCUGCUUUCGUUGCUCUUAUUUAUACACCCUAAUUUUUUCCUUUUAUAGUCACAGUCAAUACUGACAUUACUUUAAAACUAUCUAAAUCAUCACGGUGUGUUGGCAAGUUUAAUCACCGUAAUCUGGAUUUGAGCGUUGAGGAUUUGAUCGACUUUUUUAUCAAAGAACUUCUAUAAGGUGUUUUUGUGAUCAUGAAUGGUACCUAUUGUACAUUGAUACUCGCUCUGUAUAAGAGGUCUAUGAAUGUCAAAACAAGUCCUGACAUUUCAGUUUUCAGACUGACAAUGGAGGAGUUUAUUCCCUCAGAGCACUAAGAAAAGAAAUGUCUACAAGAUUGUACUAUAUUUCGAUAAUGCACCAUGUUGUGAUCGGCUCAGUUUCGAUCACCAUGAUAAAAGUUCUCUACAUUUCUAUUUUAUUUUUCUCCAAAUGGAACCAAAUUAUUUAUUCUCUCUAAUAUAUAUAUAUAUAUACAUAGCUGUGUGCACAGC